UAUUAUUAUUAUUAUUAUUAUUCCUACGUCAAAGUAUUGUCAGAGUCUGCUAAGGGUCAGUUCACAACUUCACAGUCUAUCGAAUACCUUCCUAAUUAUAAUUCAGCUUUGCAUCUACGUACAUCAAAAGAGUUGGCGUCCAAAUGUCUUCUGGCUAAUUUUUCAAUAACAUACAUUUUCUGCGACAAACUGUUUAGAAACUGUAAUUUGAUAGUGACAAAAAUCGUUAUCUCGUUUGCUACUCCUGCUUGUGCGUAGUCUUAUUGAGAGCUUGGGAUAGACCGGCCCAGUUUAAUCCAAUGCAAGUUCAACGAGAGAACAUCAUAUCGGCUUACGGUAUUAUGUUGGUGUUGUUAGUCAUAUCUCUGGUCAUAACUGGUGAAGCACAAUCCAGUGGGAAAGCUGAUUCGUAUUAUCACGUUGGCUGCUUUAAAGAAGACCUGCGUAGCAGAGCUUUGCCUAUCCUACUGGCUAAUUACAGCCAAAGUAGCCAAAUCGUCAGUAAAUGUGCCAAUAUAUCAGGAUUAAAUGGGUAUAAAGCGUUCGGUGUGCAGAACAAUGGUGAAUGCUGGACCGGGAUAGACACCAUCUUUGUAUAUGCCAAAUAUGGUAAAGAUACUAUCUGUACGAAUGGUGUUGGUGGAGUCAAGGCUAAUGAUGUGUACUUCCUGACUCGUUAUAACAUCAGUAAUGGAGUCUACUAUUGGCACCUUGGAUGCUUUAAGGAUACAUGGGAUCGUGCCUUGUCUGAACAACUUUCUGAAAAUUAUUGGCCACAUGGAAAUACAACUUCAAUAGGAAGAUGUGCUAGGAUGUCAAGGAGCAGAGGAUACAAAAUUUUUAGCGUACAGUUCGAUGGGCGCGAAUGCUUUUCUGGACUGAACGCCUUUUCCACCUAUAACAAACAUGGCAUUGCUACAAAUUGUGUGAAUGGUAUAGGUGGUGCCUGGGCCAAUGACGUCUACGCUUUUGUCCUCAUUUGUCCCUCUGGUUUCAUUCACAAUGGCAAUCUUACAGAAUGUCAACCUUGUCCAGUGGAUCAUUAUGAAUACAACAACAACCAAUGUAAGACAUGCAGAGGAGGAGAAAAGACUUGGGGAAGAAAAGCUGUGACAUCUGCAGCACAGUGCACCGCUUACAAUCCAAUCAUAGUGUCCAGCUUUGAAGUGAAGGUCCCUACCGAUGACCUCAAACUAGGUUUGAUCGUGGCAAAUUUUACUGCAACCUACGAACAAGGUUCUGUUGUCAUUCCACCCUUGACCUACACGAUAACAGGUGUUACUGAAUCUUCACAAGAAAGUGCUCCUAAUGUUAUAUCUGGUGAUAUCGAUUCCUGUUAUCAACCUGCCAGUAACUCUUCACUUCCUUUUUGCAUUUACCGUAACAACGGCAGUAUCGCCAUCCACAAAAACUUCACCUGUUCAGACGGCGAUAAGUUCGUUAUCAGCAUCAAUGUUUCUGACUCAGGAAAUGAUGCCAUUGGAACGAUUAUCAACACGAAUGAAAAUGUUACAAUCACUUGUGUGGAGUGUAAAGAUGUAAGAGGGUUAUAUGAGAAGGCGAGGAACGCCUGUUCAAAAACAAACAUUACUGUACAGAUAAACGAUACGACACAAGUGGUUGUCUUUAGCCUAAAUAUCCAAUCAAUCAACGAGAUACAUGUUACAAAUAUAACGGGAGAUAGAUGCAGUACCUUCAAUGUCAGUAUGACACACGAUCGGAUAAACGUUAAAACAAACAUCAUGGUGUUUUUUGAUAACAUCGAAGGUCGUACAAGCGUCAGGUACAGAUUUAAAAACCCUAUGUUCGUGAGAGGACCUGCUAUUAGCAUUACGUUGCUUAGCAACGAAUGUAUUGAGUCAGCAAGCUUGACAUUGGUAGCUGUACCUAAACAUCCCGAAAAUUGUGAUGAGAGAUGGACAUGUCUCGAUGUUGUGUUUAGCUGGAAAAACUCACUGAAUGUUGAAAAAUGUGGAUUAGAUCCUGAUAAUCUGCGCAUGCGUUAUGGGCACUGUGUGGUAAAACCCCAAAUCAAUAGAGGACCAGAAUCCAAGAAUGUUAAAUCCGGAACAGCAGUGACACUAUCUUGCGCUGUAACAAUGUCUCCUCCUGCUAGUAUCACGUGGUACAGGAGUUCAAUAGAAAUUCCCACGAACACUGUGACAAUGGAUGUUUCUAAUCAGGGUUACUACUGGUGUAAAGCAAGUAAUAGAUAUGGAACAGCAGAAAGUAAAAGGGCUUUACUAGUGGUUACAGAUUACUUCACGUCUGUCAUAAGUUUCAAAGCAAAUGAUAAGCCAAAUAACAAAAACAAAGAUCCUUGCGAAUCUUGCGGACAAAUUGCUGAUUAUCUUUCAAGUACAUUUUCGCCAAGAGAGUAUAAACACAGAACUGUAUGCAAACACUGGGAAGAGAGGUCCAACAAGAUCGCAAUGGAAUGUGUUAUUUACGGAAAGAAGAAAAUCCCAAACGAAGACUUCUACGACUAUUAUAAAAGCCUCGUGGAGAUUCUCAAAGAAGGAGCGAAGACAAACAAGAUACAAGGCUUGAAGAUAGACUGGAAAUCAAUCUUGGUCAAAGACACAGGAAUUUGUAUCAAGGAAACAACAGGCAAGCAAAAUAUCCAAGGUUUCUUUACUUGGCAGUCAACCAAAAUAGGCGACUCAGUGACUGUCGAGUGUCCUUUGGGACCGAGUGGGUCGUCUGCUACGAGAAGAUGCGGCGGAGACUUCGAUACUGGUGCUGUGUGGACUGACCCGAAUAAUGACAUCUGCUCAUACAAGUCAAAGAAAACUGAGGCAAUGAAUAACUUAUCCAAGAUGAAGCUCAACUYUCGCAAUGUCAAAGAAGUUGCUAAGAACUUCACCAAGCUGUUCAAAUCAAGAUCUGCUAAAGACAUGUCUGAGGCUGAUGCCGAUCUUGCUGCAGACAURGUGGAUAACAUCUUAUCGGUAGAAGAUCAGCUGAACGAGACUGCUGAUAUAGUCGUUGAGGUGAUUGACGUUGUCAUGGAAAUGAACAAAGAAGUCCUUGCUGGAAGCUCAAAUGCUCCAACAAGGUUUAUCAUUGCGUUAGAUAGGCUUAAUCAGAAGAUCCCCUUGGAAGACGGCUCAAGAUCUAGGGUUAUCAAUAGCACUAAUGUUGCCAUACAAGCAAUAGAAGUGACUCGCCGUACCUUCCAAGGUGUCACAUUUGGUAAGAAGACCGAGGGAGGCAGCUCUCCUGUUGCAACUGUCAUGUCAAGUCCAAAUAUUGGCAAUGGUAAUGGUAAUGGCAACCGCAACGGCAAUAACGGCAAUGGUGACAAAGACGACAAUAAUGGUAUCUUUGUAAAGCUACCAAAAAGCAUUCUUGCAAGUAAUAUUCAAUCAUCCAUUCGUAUUGGGUUUAUUUAUUACGCAAACAACAAACUGUUUCAGUCAAAUCCUCAAGAAGGAGACGAGGAACCAUUACUAAGUGAUGAAGUCAUAUCAAGCUCUGUGUACAAUCAAUCCGUGCAAAAUCUAACCGAACCUGUUAGACUGACAUUUCCAGCCUUAAAGGACAGUGAUGGGAACCCUGGGACUCCGACUAGUUGUGUCUUCUGGGACGUAGUUCAGCGUCACUGGUCCAGCCUUGGAUGCAAGUUGCACAAGACAGACGAUAUCAUUGGCAAACCGGUGGAAUGCCAUUGUAAUCACUUGACAAGCUUUUCUGUGGUUUUUGCUUUUCGGUCAGGUAAGUCGCUGAUGUUGUCGACGUACUCGUCAGUAAAAAAGAAGAAGAAGAAAAAACGAUAUCUGUCGAGCCUGUUGAAAAUACUAACUCUUUUGCAACAAAUCGGAAUCGCUCGUAUUUGCAUCGGACAUGUAUCGGAACGGAUUCGCAUCCUUUGUGAAAAUUCGUAAGUUCAAGGAGAAAAUUAGAGAUGUCACUCAAAUUUGCGACAAUUUUCAAACUUCUUAGUCGUUGGCCGAAAAUAAUCAAGCUCCUUUUUCACUUUAUUAUACAUAAAUUCAAAACGCUAAUUGAUCUUAAUUAC